AUCAUUAAAGACAAAUAGAACAGGAAGUGCAGAGUCAAAUGAAAGUCAGUGUUAGAAAUCUAGCUUAGCUUAGAAAGCACAGUGCAAAGAUGGGUGUUGGGCUUGUUCUGCUUGUACUUGUUUUAGCAAUUUUCUUUUCAGUUUGCUUUUUGGUGUUUGCUGGUGUCAUCUAUUUUGAAAUAUCUAAUUCACAGAUUCCUCCUGGGGUUGCAAAUCCAGGAAAACUUCGAAUCAUUCAUGGCAUAAUGAUUGGAAUUGCUGUUGUGGGAAAGAUAUUACAAAACUUUGGAAUUUGCAAUCAGAUUGGUUUUACUCGAUACGUCCGGGAAAAACUGUUGAAUCCAAAUCUAGGAGAGGAUCCUAAACUUUUCAUUAAAGACUUAAAAUUUGAUGGCAUUCCUGUGCGACUUUACCAGCCAAAAACCCCAUGUGCUGGUGGCAGGAAAGGAUUCUUAUUCUUUCAUGGAGGAGGAUGGAUGUUUGGAAGCAUUGAAUCCUAUGACUGUUUAUGCCGCUACAUAGCAAAGGAAUCGGAAUUGGUUCUUGUCUCAGUUGGGUAUCGUCUGACUCCAGAACAUAGGUACCCAGCAGCGUAUGAAGAUUGCCUUAAUGCAGCAAUUCAUUUUUUAAGGACAGCUGAAGAGUAUGGGGUUGAUUCCUCUUCUAUUAUCAUAGGUGGUGACAGUGCUGGUGGUAAUCUUACUGCUGCUGUUUGUCAAACUCUUGUGCACCGAAAGGACCUUUUAAAACCAUUGGCACAAGUAUUAAUAUACCCAGCAGUCCAAAUGCUUGACCUAAAUUUGCCCUCAUAUCAGCAAAACUGUGCUGUUCCAGUUUUAUAUAGGGAACGUGCUGCAUUCUACAUGUUGAACUAUAUUGGCAAUGAUGUGUCUGUUAUGGAAGAUGUGCUAGAUGGAGAUCAUGUUCCUGUUGAUAAGAAACUUCAGUACAGGAAGUGGCUGAGCGCUGAUAAUAUUCCAGAUGAAUUUAAAGCCAGAGGCUAUAAACCUCAGAUUAUGUCUUCUCAUGAUGAUGAGGUCUAUGAAGUAGUCAAAAGUGUUUUUGAUACAGCAUGUUCCCCUCUGUUGGCUGAUGACUCAAUAGUUUGCCUUCUUCCAAAGACCUACAUAUUGACAUGCGAGUUUGAUGUGCUUCGCGAUGAUGGGUUACUAUAUAAAAAACGCCUGGAAGACAAUGGAGUUUCGGUUACCUGGUACCAUGUUAAAGAUGGGUUUCAUGGUAUAGUCAGUUUUUUUGACAAUGGCAGACUUACAUUUGCAUCAGGAAAGCAAGCAGUUGAUAAUAUUGUCAGCUUUAUAAGAGAGGCCUGAAUCUGCUUUUGUAGGUUAACAUAGUAAAUUGAAUAUAUUGUAGCAUACAAAAGGAAUUAGAAUGAUGUCAAAUAUAUCUGGGUGCUAUUUGCCCAUUCUUGCAUUCUGCUUUGAAACAACUCUCUAAUCAUACACUUUUUCAUUUAAAAAAAUGUAUCAGCCCACUUCUUUAAAUAAUUGUCUUGUGUGUGUUUGUAUAUGUAAGUAUGAAAUAAAUGUGUGUUGUUUAA